UAACAAAAAGGAGUUUAGACUUGGAGUCGUUGGAGAUGUGUCGUCAGCCGUCGUCACAGCUGCAUUUUUGAAGCAUCCCAUUGUCCACCAAAUGCAUGACCAACGCGUCCAACAGCACCACUGUCAACGCCGCCUAGGGUUUUACACUUUUCACAGCUAAGAGAAUUUUAACUAUUAUUUUUAUUAUUAUUAUUAAAUGCCCUCCAGAUCCACACUCCAAUAUAUUACUCAACAAAAGAGAGAUUCUGGUCUCUCUCUCCCUGUUUGAUUGUCCAGUCUGAGUUCACUUCAAUAUGGGGCAAGAGAGCUUCACUCCCCAGAAGAGAGCUAGUGGCGGAGGAGCCCUUCCCACCACAACCGCCAACGGCAGAGCGGGCCGUGCAACCAUGCCGCGCGGCAGGCAGAUUCAUAAGACCUUCAAUAACAUCAAGAUAACUAUCCUCUGUGGUUUUGUCACCAUCCUCGUCCUCCGCGGUACCAUCGGCAUUGGCAACCUCACUAGCUCUGACGCUGAAGCUAUCAACCAGAACCUUAUUGAGGAGACUAACCGGAUUCUCGCCGAGAUUCGCUCCGACAACGACCCUACCGACCCUGAUGAACUGCCCGAGGCGGAUAUCAACCCCAACGUCACUUACACUUUAGGCCCCAAAAUGUCUAUUUGGGACGAGGAACGCAAGGUAUGGCUUAACCAAAACCCCGAGUUCCCUAAUUUUGUGAAUGGGAAGCCUCGGAUUUUGCUCUUGACCGGGUCGCCUCCUAACCCUUGUGAUAACCCGAUUGGAGAUCACUAUUUAUUGAAGGCGAUAAAGAAUAAGAUCGACUAUUGUAGGAUUCAUGGGAUUGAGAUUGUCUAUAAUAUGGCUCAUUUAGACAAAGAACUAGCUGGUUACUGGGCGAAAUUGCCCAUGAUUAGGAGAUUGAUGCUGUCGCAUCCUGAAGUGGAGUGGAUUUGGUGGAUGGAUAGUGAUGCUAUGUUUACUGAUAUGGUUUUUGAGAUCCCGUUACCCAAGUACGAUAAGCAUAAUUUGGUGAUUCAUGGCUAUCCUGAUUUGUUGUUCGAGCAAAAAUCAUGGAUUGCUUUGAACACUGGGAGUUUCUUGUUUAGGAAUUGUAAGUGGAGCUUGGAUUUGCUUGAUGCCUGGGCUCCAAUGGGUCCCAAGGGGCCAAUAAGGGAGGAGGCUGGCAAAAUUUUGACUGCAAAUUUAAAGGGGAGGCCAGCAUUUGAGGCUGAUGAUCAGUCAGCUUUGAUAUACCUGCUUCUUUCGCAGAAGGAUCAGUGGAUGGAUAAGGUUUACAUUGAGAAUCAAUAUUAUUUGCAUGGGUAUUGGGCAGGAUUGGUGGAUCGGUAUGAGGAGAUGAUCGAGAAGUACCAUCCAGGAUUGGGUGAUGAAAGGUGGCCUUUCGUGACUCAUUUUGUUGGUUGCAAGCCUUGUGGGAGCUAUGGUGAUUAUCCUGUUGAACAGUGCUUGAGAAGCAUGGAAAGGGCUUUUAAUUUCGCUGAUAACCAGGUGCUUAAGUUAUAUGGUUUUGGGCAUAGGGGACUAUUGAGCCCGAAAAUCAAGAGGAUCAGGAAUGAGACAGCGACUCCAUUGGAUUAUGUAGACCAGUUUGAUAUUCGCCGUCCAGCGGAUGGAAACAGCGGAUCAGAGAGCUAGUGGGUGAAAGAUGUUCACUGUGCCAUUAUUUAUAGGUAACGUAAUUCCUUAGUUGAAGGCAGAUUUAAUCUGAUAGCAGUUUACAAUUAAGUUUGUUUCCUUUCAACGUUGUCUCGGUUAUGCUUCUGAGAUAAAAAGGUUAGAAUUUUUUUUUAUCGACAUCAACUUUGUCUUCCUCCCUCCUGUGUUUGAGUAAAUCAAUGAAGGAAAUUUACAAACAAGGCUAUAGUAUGGUUUUUCUUUUUGUA